AUGGCUGGUCAUCACUCCAAUCUUCUGUUCUUUACCUCCGUGCUGGCCCUGCUAGCCUCUCUUCUUGCUGUGAGAAUUGAAAACCUGGAAAGAUUACAAGCAAGUUUAGAUGACAUCAAUAAUCUCCAUUCAGGUAACCUCCGUCCCGAUGAAGAGGGAGAGAACAUGCAGCAGAACAGAGGCAGCGGCACUCAGCGGACGGCGCAGCGCAAUUGGCCCAAGGACUGCAGCGAGGUCUCUGCUGGCAGCCCCAGUGGCGUCUACGUCAUCCAGCCCAUCGGCCUGCAGCCCAUCGUGGUGUACUGCGAAAUGAAUGUGGCGGGCGGGGGCUGGACAGUCAUCCAGAGGAACCGUCACAGCACGGAGAUCACCUGGGCUGAGUCCUGGAGCACCUACAAGUACGGCUUUGGGAACGUGCGCACCGAGUACUGGCUGGGCACCGAGUACAUCCAUCAGAUCUCCAGGCAGAAGGUCUACCAGGUCAGGUUUGUCAUCUGGGAUGCCACAAACACCAUGAAGUUUGCAGACUACAGCCUCUUCAGCCUGGAAGAUGAGUCCCGCGGCUACCGGCUGAGGCUGGGAACAUACUCGGGUUCAGCAGGGGACUCCAUGACCACAAACAGUGCUUCCACCAUCCACGACAACAUGAAGUUCUCCACAAAAGAUCGGGAUCAGGACACUGCCAGUGGGAACUGUGCCUCCAGCUACGGGGGCGGGUGGUGGUACUCAGCGUGUUAUUCUGUACGGCUGAACGUGAAGGGGGCCAUAACAUGGGGCAGCCUGUGCAACGGGAACUGCAAAGCUUCUGCCAUCCUCAUCAAACCAUCCCCCUACUGCUAG